AUGGCCUCCCAGACAGCACCCCAGACCAACGGCCUGCCUGCCUCCUCGAACGGCAGCCAGAGCAACCCUGCGACACAGGCGACAGCAUCCCACUCGCAACCGCCAGCAUCUCAGUCACAAACCGCCACAAACGCGUCACAAUCGCAGUCGACUCAGCAGAACCAGCAACAGCAACAACAGCAGCAGCAAGGCCAGCAGGCGCCCGCGUCCCCCACAACCUCGGCCCCGCGCCCCCGCGACGCGCGCAUGAUCGAGCUCCUCCUCACCUCGCAGGGCGUGACGGCGUACGAGUCGCGCGUGCCGCUCCUGCUCCUCGACUUUGCCUACCGCCACACGUCGUCGAUCCUCAACGACGCCCUCCACCUCUCGGCCGACCCCUACACGACGCACGCCGGCUCCAAGCCCUCGGCCUCGGCGGGCGCCGGCGCCGCCUCGAUCCCCGGCACGGGCGGCGACGCCACCGUGUCGGCCAACGCCGUCAAGCUCGCCAUCGCCGCGCGCCUCAGCUACCAGUUCCGCGGCGGCGCCGGCGCCGGCGGCAUGAGCAAGGACUGGCUCCAGGACCUCGCCAAGGAGCACAACCGCGUCGCCCUACCCAAGGUCGCGCCCAACGAGUGGGGCGUCCGCCUGCCCAGCGAGCGCUUCGUCCUCAGCGGCACGAGCUGGGGGCUCAAGGACAUGUGGGAGGAGGCCGGCAUGGACGAGGACUCGGACGACGACGUGCCCGUGGUGGCGGCGCCCGGCGGCGGCAGUGGCGCCAUGGAAGGUGUCGAGCAGACGGGCGCCGGUGCCAACACUGCGAUCAAGGACGACGAUGACGAGGACGUCGGCGGCGAGGGCGUCGAGGGCGGCACCAUGGAGGACGUCUUCGGCAACGAGAUGGACGAGGACAAGGACCUCAAGAUGGAAGGGUCGGGCUAG